AUGGAUCGCGCAAUGAAUAGGCUGCUGGACGCUUCCCCCGCGCCAUCGCCAACCACGCCAGCACAGCCCCCCGCAUACCAGCCUGCAGCGCCAGCCUUGCAAGACGUGGACGACCAAGAUAUGCAGCUGCAAAAAGCCAUGGCUGCAUCCAUGGCUGAGCAGCAGGACCCUACGCGAGUCCGCGCAGGGACGCCAGAGGACGAGAAUUUGAUGCGUGUCCUCGCGGAGAGUAUACAAACAGAAACACACCGCACUGCUGAGGAUACCUUUGCCGACUCUUUUCAUCGUGCGCGGGACGUGCAUGGGUUUGUAGCUCUCGUGCCGCAGCUUGCGACGCACCGCAUCAUUGCCGCCGCCCUGCAGGCCCUCUUUGCAGCGCCUCUCGCAAAGGAGGCAUUUACCACCGCUAGCCCCCCCGACCCACGCACUGCCGACAUACAAGGAUACUGGCGAGGAGAGAGCUUAACAGCCACACAUGCCUCGCCGCCAGCGUCCGACGCCUUGCAAAUGGUACAGCGUGUACAGACUGCAUUUACGUUUAUGGCAACGACACAGCGCGCCGCUCUGAUCCUGGGCGACAUCGCUCCUACAAUACCGCGUGAUGUCCAGUACCAAAUAAGCAAGAAUGCACCGCCGCAUACCGUUUUAGAACUCUACCUCGACGCGCUCGUCCAGGCGUACCUCGACGUUGCACACAUGUGCGCCAACGAAAUCACGCUGUCCACACGCAAUGAAACUGCCUACGCACGCGCACAAUACAUCGCAGCACGACAAGGGCUCUUCCAAUCGUUUGCAGCGCCGGCGCUGCCAAGCGACAUGCCCACCGACCAGGCCCCAGCGGAUGCACAGCCAACAUCGACCAUUACUCUCACGCAAACGCCCACCAACGACUUUGUAUACGCAUGCAUGUUUGCCAAGCUCGCCGCGGGCCCGGAAAUGGAUUCUUUGCUCAUCACGCGCCCUGCCGAUAUCCUCCUCCUCAAUAUCCAGCGCGAAAAAAAUGUCACGUCUCCGUUUUUGAUCGAGGAGGUGGUGUACCUGGACAGAUUUCUCUGGGAGAAGCAGCGGGGCGCCAAGAUUGAUCUCGACCCGCGGUGGCAUACGCUGCAGGGAUGGCAACAGCAGCAUGCAGCAGCAGCAGCGCGCAAAGAGUGCAUGUUGGCGCCGUCUAAAACCCCCCUUUACCCGCUCCUCGCCCGCGCCGAGGCACAUUUCACCGAAGGCAACGUAUCGGAAUGGCUUGGCCAAGUGCACGACGCAAUAGAUGCACAAAUACACGCCCUCGACAUGGAACUUGCCGCACUCCAAGCACAGAUCCACGCGACACAGCAGGCGCUCGCACAAACACUCGCGCACGAAGCGGCGGAUCCUGCCAUGCACACAGUUCCGUACGAUUUGUGUGCGUGUAUCAUGGCUGGCGCAGAUGACUGUGUCUAUGCUCGCCAAGGAGAAGACUGGUUUUGCAUUGCAAACGGGACGUGCAACCCAACAAGCUUUGAAGCAAUACGCACCGAUGCACGCGGGAUCGACCAGGGACUCGGCGUCGUCCAUUUGGUAUAUACGCGCCGCGCCGCGACCGCGCCGCUCGCACAGACGCCAGCGCUUGCAACGCUGCACGCUGCCGUCCAGCAAGACAAUGCUCGUGCAGCGCAGGAAUGGAGUCACACUGUACAUACGCACCCUCUGUAA